GACUAUAAGUUGAACUUUGGCCUGUGGGAGAAACAUGUGGACAACAUGUGGCACGGCGGAGUGGCCACCAUCGAGUCCUGUCCCGGGGCUGAAGUGUGGGGGGUCAUCUGGACUUUGAGUAACGAAAACCUCCCGAGCCUAGACAACCAGGAAGGAGUUAGUCUGGGAAAGUACUCUCCACUGACGGUUUGGGUGGAGACUGACAAAGGACCGAUGCUCUGCAGGUCUUAUCAGAUGAACAAUUUCCACGCCUGCCCUCCGUCUCCUCAGUACAAACAGGUGGUGUGUUUGGGUGCAGAGCAGAACGGACUCCCAGCGGAGUAUCUGAAGAGGCUGGAGGCCAUUCAAACCAACAACUACAGCGGUCCCUCAAUCCUCGAUCAAAUCAGAUCAGUCAUGAAGUAGAGUUCACCACUUUGGAAACUGCAGCUGACAAA